UUUUUUGGCAAUUCGGUGGUUUUUGUUAAAACUGAAACAGGGGUUUUUUGUCGCUGUCCACCAUCUUCACAUCUCCUUAAAGAAAGAAAGAAAGAAAGAAAGAAAGAGAGACAGUUGCAAACUGUUUUCUUGACGAGGGUUUUUUUUCCUGCAGAAUUUGACACAUAUAUGUAUGUAUAAAUCUAACAAAAGAUUGGUUUCUCACAACUGAUUUAUAUAGGAUCCCUGUAAUGAUUGAUACCUGCUGGUGAACUUUUAUUGGCUGAUUAUUUUCGGUGAGUUGUGAUGUUGAAGAAGAGUCUAAAUUAUGAAUUUUGUGGCUAUCAGUUUCCAGUCAUACCUCGGGCUCCAAGAUCUAUUAGAGGUAAGGUUUCCAAGAAAAAGAGCUUGGGGGAUGGUCAAAUUUGUGCUUUUGAACUCUUAGCCACUGUUGCUGGAAAACUGUUGCUGGAAUGUGAAAGUUCUGCAUCUAGUAAUGCAGAAAGAAAGAAACAGUGUAGUUUUGAGAGUCUGAAAGUUAAACAGGAAGAUUCUAACCCUGGGAGAACUGAAUACUUAGAAAAUAAUGUGAAAUUGGAAAUUCCAAAAAUCCAAUUCGAAAAUGUAAGCUGCUAUAAUGUUGUGGACCGUGGUUCUGCUCUAGAUAAUGUAAUUAAGAAAGAGCAUAACCCUGAAGUCAUUAUUAAACCAGAUUUGACAGCUACAAGUGUGAAUAAUAGUAAUGUAUCCUCUCUUAAGAACGGGAACUAUGUUAAAGUAGGAUGUACAGAUGAUAACAAAAAGUUUGUUGGAUUCAAUGGGCAUAGUGUCAAGACAAGGUUUUUUCGACCGCAGUCGCGUUUUGGAUUCCGAAGAAUCAGAAAGUUACUUAUGUCCAAGUAUUGGAAAGCGGGUCCAAAAUUGAAAGAUUGUGACUUCACCUUAACUACUGAUGGGAGAAGUCAACAUGAGGGUCCUUCAAGAAAAAGGAAAUUCUAUGACCAUAAUAAACCUACGGCAGGAUUUGAAUGUGAGGGUAGCAGUGAAAGUAUUUCCAACUCACCUGGAAAGAGUAUGAAGAGAGGCAUGAACGGAUCGCCAAUAAAAUUGCACAUAGCAAGUGGACCAUCAUCAGUUGUUAGAGAAUCCCAUGUGAAUCUUAGCAUAAAGUCCUUCAGAGUACCGGAUCUGUAUAUUGAAGUUCCUGAAACUGCCACAGUUGGCUCGCUGAAGAGGAAAGUAAUGGAGGCAGUGACUUCAAUUAUUCAAGAUGGAUUACAUGUUGGUGUACUACUCCGAGGGAAAAAGGUCAGAGAUGAUAAUAGAACCCUAUUGCAGAGUGGUAUUUGUGACAAUAGUGAUCUAGAUGCUCUAGGUUUUAUUUUGGAGCCUCAAUCUGCGAUGGAGCCUCCACCUGUCUCGCCCAAAGAUCAUACAGUUCUGGAUGAUCUGGUUCCAUCUGGAACAAAACAUCAUGAAAUACUUGGGUCAAUACUCAGCCCAGUUGUGGAUACUCCUUUUGGUGGUGGUCCUCCUUUACAAACUGAUGUGGUGAAAGAUAUGGAAGUUACUGAUUAUUCAAAGGCAUUGGUUACUGUGCCUGCUAUGGCUAUGGAGGACGCACUUUCUGUUGUUCCCAUAAAUCAGAAAGCUAGUGGGUCGGAAAUAGUUCAGCGUAGAACUAGAAGACCUUUCACUGUAACAGAGGUGGAAGCAUUGGUUGAAACUGUUGAGAAACUUGGAACUGGAAGGUGGCGGGAUGUUAAACUGUCUGCCUUCGAGGAUGCAGAGCAUCGAACUUAUGUGGAUCUAAAGGACAAAUGGAAAACAUUGGUUCACACAGCAAACAUCUCCCCCCAGCAAAGAAGAGGGGAGCCGGUUCCUCAAGAGCUGUUGGAUAGGGUUCUGAUCGCUCAUGCCUUCUGGUCACAUAAUCAACCUAAGCCUCUCUUCGUCUUGGAAGAACACUUCAAGAUCCUGGAGACCUAAGAAACGAUGUAACUUCUGAGCUCUUGUACAAAAGUAAUAUCUCCAAAAAGACGUGUAAAAUGGAUUUUAGGAAAAUCUCUACUGAUUUGUUGCUAGCUAGUUCGAUGUCGAUACAGCAACUGCAACUUCCACUGGCAUAUUUAUUUGUAAAUGGACAAUCCCCCCAAAAAAGUGGAGAUUUCUAACAGAAUUCAAACUCUGCUGGCUGUUGCUGGUGAAUUUGAUAGUCAUAGAGGUUAAUUAGUUGGCUUUUACAUUUCAUUGUUUCACUUUUUAUGGGACUUAUGAAGUGGUUGGACUAAAGUUGAUCUCAUGUA